AUGAGAAUGUCCAUGACCAUGACCGUUAUGAGAGUGCCCAUGACCAUGAUUCGAAUGUGAUUUACGCUCACGAGCAAUAGUCGUCCCUCGAACCACGUUAUGUCCAAAUCUAUAAGAAGGGCACAGCUGUUGAAUUCGUUGAGUGAAAAAGUCCUUUUCUACUUGGACAGAACACUGAGUGGCACCAGCUGCUCUCAACUGUGCUGAUACCUUAUGACGUAUGAGCUGCGCGUUAGCCUCGGGUGUUGCUUGUAUGUGUACAGAUGCAACAUUCAGAUCACUUUUUAG